GCGACAGCCGCCACAAUGUACGUACAAGAGUUCAAAUUAUAUGAGAACAUAUUCAUCGAAACAAAUAUACAAUCGCCGAACUACGAUGGCGUUAUCGUGAUCCUCUACCCCCAGGAGAUGAACGUGGGCCUGCCGAGACACAUUGAAAGCUUUAUAGACAACAUUUCUAAACUCGACAAGCACAUACACAAAACGCAAACCGUCUGGAAUUGUGAUUAUGUAUCCGGCAGCCGGCUCGUCCGGCUCGUGUUGACUCCGAUUAACAAAGUUACGCCGUACCAUGAUGUGAGCGUGAUUAGAGAAGCGGCUAAGAAGGGGAUGAACCGCGCGCUCGAUGCUGGUAUGAAGAAACCCCUGUUCGUCAUCAAGAACGUGGUGAAUUUCCCCGAUGGACAAUUGGUGGGGAUCCUGGGUGCGCUAGAAGCGCUGUAUGUGCCGCUGCAAAUCCGGGAGCACAAAGAGACGAAGAAUUUCAUUCACAUAGGCUUUCACUCUGAUGAGGUUACCUCGGAUGCGUUCGAGAGGGUCGUGAGAAAUGCUCUUGCGCUGGAAAGAUCUAGAAUCUUCGCCAGAGACAUAGCCGGGAGUGACCCGGAGCGAAUGGCACCUGCUAAAAUAGUCGAAUAUGUGAAACACUCCUUCGCCUGUGAUACAAAUAUCACAAUAAAUGUAAUCGAUAAUUUGGAAACGAUUGCUAAGGAAUAUCCGCUUUUAGCGGCCGUGUCGAGAGCGGCUAAUAACAUAGAAAGACAUCAGUGCAGAGUUGUUGAAAUACUCUACAAUUCAUCCAACCCAAGUCGAGUUACCGAGACCCUUAUGUUGGUGGGUAAAGGAGUCACAUACGACACUGGUGGUUCGGACGUUAAGAUUUCCGGCAAAAUGGCCGGCAUGUCGAGAGAUAAGAGUGGAGCGGCAGCUGUAGCUGGUUUUAUGAAGGCUUGUUCGAUUUUAAAGCCACCCCACUUGAAAGUAAUUGGCGUACUCUGCCUAUGCAGGAACUCGAUUGGUGAAGACGCGUAUGUGUCUGACGAGCUGCUUCUAUCGAGGAGUGGGAAAACAGUCCGGGUGACGAACACGGAUGCUGAGGGUAGACUAGCCAUGGCAGAUUCCGUGUUCAAAUGCGCUGAAUUGGCCGCUAACGAGCUGAACCCCCAUAUCUACACGAUAGCCACUCUAACAGGCCACGCAGCCGCCUGCUACGGUAGAUAUACAGCUGCAAUGGACAACCACAGCGCGAAAGCGACGAACCAUUCGACCAAAUUGCAGUUCAGUGGGUCAAGGAUGGCUGAGGGCAUCGAAAUAUCAGUGGUUCGAGCUGAGGAUUUAGCUGUUAACAUGGGUAAAUGCAAGGGGGAUGACUUGGUUCAAUACGACACGGACGCGAAGAGUCGCAAUCACCAACUUGCUGCUGGUUUUUUGAUCAAAGUGGGCGGAUUGGAAGAAAACAACAUUAAAUAUACUCAUUUAGACAUUGCUGGCGGCGCUGGUUCACCACCAGAUGAGCCAACCGCUGUGCCGAUUUUAACCUUGUGUCACGCGCACAAGGUGCUUAUUUAAAUGUAUUCACGCUGAAGUAGUUAUCGAUUAUGUUUUGUACAUAAAAAUGUAUGUGAACAUAUGUUUAUGUUACGCAUUUAUUUUAUUAAAUUAUUGUUUUAACUAUCUGCUUUUGUUUUAUAACGUGCUUCAUUAUCAAAUAUUUUUCUCGUAACUGUAUUAUUAUUUUUACGUAAGUCACGUACGUUUUUAAGAUGAUUCAUUGUUUAAAUUAAUACAUAAUUAAAAAACUGGUAUUUUAAUAGCAAUAAUGAAGCUUUAAACUUUUAUGAAAUUCAUAUUUUAAGAUAAUGAUAAGUUUCGAUUAACAAAUGUAUAGAUUCGAUUAAUAAAUAUUGAUAAAAACACCUUCAGUGAGAACAAAUCAUAAGUCAUAUCUAAAUUAUAAGUAUUAUCAUUCCGUUUUACGAUUACGAAAUUUUAUAAAUACCUACUUGGUAAUAGAUAUUAAAAUAGGCAUAAGCGAUUAAUGUAUCGUUACUUAUUAUCUAAUUUAUUAAGAUAGCGUAUCAUAUAGCAACAGGAUUAUCUUGAUA